CAAGCCAGGAGAAUUUGGACUGUCUGAUAUAUAUAUGAACACAAAGUGCCUUUCACUGUCAGUGCCUUCAGCAGGGGAAGGUUAUCACGAUAUUUAAACAAGCCAGCAUCAUGAAACUGCUAUUGCUGAGUCUUUUCUGUGUUUUCACAGUUAAAUUCGUGGCUUCUGUAGACUAUGAUGAUGAGGACAGUGACAACGCUCCCAAGGCUGAUGGUGGAAGAGUGGAUGCUCGAGGUCACAGACCAGUAGAUAGAAGACGGGAGCCAGUUCCAACUCUCAGACCAGCUCCGCCUCCCAUUAGUAAAGGUGGAUAUCAGGCUCGUCCAACAAAACCACCUACUCGGGGCCAGAAGAAAGAAAAUAUUGUUUAUCCUGAUGCAGGAGGCUGCAAGCAUGCAUCAGAUGAGCUGGGAGUGUUGUGUCCAACUGGGUGUGAGCUGCAAACUUCAUUGGUAAAACAGGAAAAAAGUGUAAAAUCAGACCUUCGGGACCUGAAAGAAAAAGUAGAGAAACAGUCUGAUGUCUCUACAACAUUCUAUCAGUACAUAAAUACACUAGAAGAUAAACUGGCAAAAAGACAGAAACAAGUAAAAGACAAUGAAAAUGUAAUUUCUGAGUACAACACAGAGAUAGAGCAGCACUAUACUUUUAUCAGAGAGAACAUGGACAACAACAUUCCAUCUAGUCUCCGAGUCCUCCGUUCAGUUGUGGAUACCUUACACAAAAAGAUACAAAAACUGGAAAAUGCUAUAGCAACCCAGAUGGACAAUUGCCGCUCUUCAUGCAUUGUUUCCUGCAAUAUUCCAGUGGUGUCAGGCAAAGAGUGUGAAGACAUUAUCAGAAAAGGAGGUGAAUCAUCUGAAAUGUACCUCAUACAGCCUGAUGCUUUCUUCAAACCAUACAAGGUUUACUGUGAUAUGAGCACAGAAAGAGGAGGAUGGACUUUGAUUCAGAACCGCCAAGAUGGCAGUGUUGGCUUCGGGAGAACAUGGGAUGCAUAUAAACAAGGAUUUGGAAAUAUUGCAAAAAGUGAAGGGAAAAAAUACUGUGAUACGCCAGGUGAAUAUUGGCUUGGAAAUGACAAAAUCAGCCAGCUUACCAAAAUGGGACCCACUGAGGUUUUAAUUGAAAUGGAAGACUGGAAUGGUGACAAGGUUUCAGCUCAUUAUAGAGGAUUCACCAUACAAAAUGAAGCAAACAAAUAUCAGUUAUCAGUUAGUAACUAUAAAGGCACAGCUGGUAAUGCUCUUAUGGAUGGAGCUUCACAACUGUAUGGCGAGAACAGAACAAUGACAGUUCACAAUGGCAUGUUCUUCAGCACUUUUGACAGAGACAAUGAUGGAUGGGUUCAUGCUGAUCCAAGAAAACAGUGUUCUAAAGAAGAUGGUGGUGGUUGGUGGUACAAUCGAUGCCAUUCAGCCAAUCCAAAUGGCAGAUAUUAUUGGGGAGGGCAGUACAGUUGGGAUAUGGCAAAACAUGGCACAGAUGAUGGAGUUGUAUGGAUGAACUGGAAAGGGUCCUGGUAUUCACUGAAGAAGAUGAGUAUGAAGAUUAGACCAUUCUUUCCACAAUAAUCAUAAUUAAAAUGAACGUUAUCAAAUGUUUUCAUGCACAUAUCUAAGUUAACGUCUGCUAGUGCAUGAUAUUUGAUUUUGACUUUACAUAAGACAACCCAAAAUACCAAAGAUUAUGUUUUUGAAUAUAUUGUGACAUGAACUGAAGAAGCUAUGCUGGACAGAAAAACUUAUGUAUGACCCAUUAAAUAAAACAUUGCAAGAGUC